UAUAUUGAAACUCUAAUCCUGAAUGUGGGGCCUCUGGUGGGUAAUGAGUCAUGAAAGGGGAGCCCUCAUGAUGGGAUUAGAGCCCUCAGAAGAAGAGACACAGCUUGCUUUCUCUGCCAGCCACCGUGUGAGGAAACAGAAGACUGCUGUCUGCAAACAGGAAGCAGCUUCUCACCAGGUGCCAGAUCUGCCGACCCCUUGGUCUUGCUUCUCAGCCUUCAGAACUUGUAUCUUAGAGGACUUCCAGCUUGGUAAUGUGGAACUGCAUCAGGAUCAGCUGGCGGGCUGGUGAAGGCACAGAAAAAUAAAGAAUGUUGUGGUGACCUUGUCCGUGCUUCUUGUUCGUAUGUACCAGGGUCUUCCUGGGGUGUGUAUCGAGAAGGAGAAUUCUAGGUCACAAGAAGAUCCAAGGAGACGAAGACUCAGACAUCCAAAUUAAGACCGCAUGGCAAGAAAUUGACCACCUGAUUGGGUGCCCCUCCUCAGCAUCACAUGGACUGUAUUCUAAGGGAAGAGUUUUGCCUUGCCCUGUGGCCCUCCAGCCCUACCCUUCAGCUCUAUUUGUUUCUUUUUUCUUUCAGAUAAAGGUACUGGGGAUUGAACCCAUGACCUCAUGCAUGCUAAGCAAGCAAUUUACUACUGAGCCAUACGUUCCCCGUUAACCUUCCCUUUUGAAGACCCAUGGUGAGGACAGGAUCCAGGACACCUGGAUCAGAGCCACUGCUUCACCAAGAAGGGAUCUGUUUUAGUGCGGCCAGGAGGGCCACUGGAAGGAUGAACGCCUCAUGUAUGGAAAAAGUCCACUGGGACCCUGCCCAGUAUGCAUACAAGAAAGCCACUGGGAGAGGGAUUGCCCCCAGUCCCAAAGGGGGCUUGAGGCUCCCAGACCAUGAUGGCUGAGAGGACCGAAGACUGAUGGGGCCUGGGAUCCUUUCUGGCUCCCAGUGGACACCUUGUCAUCUCUCUGGAGGAGCCUCGGGUUACCCUUGACAUGGCAGAGAGCCCUGGCUGAUGGUGAUGCCUUAAGGCUGCAGGGGACCAACAGGCCUGGAGGCUGCAGAACUGGGACUGGGCCUCUGAAAACUCCCCUGAAGUCUGGAUCCUCAGUCGCUGCGUGGGAGGCUUAGGGAGUCAGUCAUAUUCCAAAGGAGGCGAAAUGGCUCAAAAAGCUUGCAUUUGUGGUCGUUGAUCGUUUUUCCAGAGAAGAUUGGUGGUGGAGGGGUGGAGAUCCUUGACAGACUUCCUGGUGGUGGGAAGAUGCAUUCCUUCUCUGUCCUCACCCUGAGGCUGCUCUUGCAUCUUGUCUGAGGAAUGUUUCCAUGGGAAGGAGUCUUCUUCCUCAUCUGCUUCCGGUGAGUUUUCUGGAGGGAAGUAAUGAUAUUCUAGUACCAGCUGGAGAGGGAGAGCUGCACCCUGGCUGGUCUGGACACCUUUCCUGAGACAUGAUUUGUCUUGAUGGUCCCAAGAUGUAAAAUAUGAUUUGAAUCAAAUUAUAAAUUGGUUAUUCGGUUGAGCUUAAGUUCUGGCCUAGUUGCCUUGGAAACUUUGAGACAGAGCCUUGUUUUAUAACGUGUUCCUUAUAGCUCUGGUCCUGAGAAAUAUUUCAUGAACAAAUAGGUCUAUGGUCAUAUAUAUUUGGAUGUUGCUUCAUAUGCUACCCCUUUACUGGAGCCUUACAACACAUAGAACCUAUGAAAAGGCCCUCAGAAGAGGUAUAAUUAAAGAAACUAUUUUAACAUUAUUUAAAUUCAUGUUUCCCAAACUUUUUUAACUAGCACUUUUUUUUUCCUUUUUUUUUUUUUUGGCAUUCACAUUUCCAUAAAACAACUGGGGAAUGGCUGGGAUGGAGAUUCCCACUGGCCCUGAGGCAGGUCUGGCUAGCAGCACAAUUUCAGAAUACAGCUGGAAUGAAACGCAGAACCCACAUGAAACGCAGAAGACUGUAUGUCCCGUCUGCCCCACAGCCCAGAAUCACCGAGCUGCGAGUUGCCAGGAAGCUUCCAGAUGGCAGUUCCAUUUCCCCUCAGCCUCCAACUCCCUGUGCUAGCAGGGGCCCCAGGCCUGGAGCUCAGUACCUGCAGGAGCCCUGCUCUCUCCUGGACGGCUCUUUACCCCUCAGGCUUCAGGUUGGCUCCACAUCUCAGGGUCUCCAGCUCACUGUCAUCGUCACAUCGUCAUGGUAAUGGGAGCAGUGGUUGCUAUGCAGCCUUGUUUGUUCAAAGAUAGCCCAGCGGAGAGCAGGAGCGUGCCAGCAGCAGGGCCGGCGGCCGCCCCCUGCAACUGCCCCUGCCCCAACAGGAGGCCCACAGCCCAGGGCUGCGAGGCUGGGCCCGAGCCAGGGCAGGCCUGGCGUGGGGCUGCCUUGUCUUUGCCUCCCCAGACCCACGGGCAGCAUCGUCGGUGGAGAGAUCAUGGGACCUGGUUUCCUCUGGUGACAGAGGUUUGGCCUCUGGACAGAGAAAAGAGAGGUCCCCGGAUGUUACACGUUGGGGCCAUCUGGAUGCCCAAAGAUUGUACUCGCAGCCCAGAAAGUAGCUGCUGCCUCUGGAAAGCCUCCCAGACGCCUUCUCCACCCAGGGCAUGGGCACCCGUGAUGCUGUCCCCCCUGCCAAGGUUCUGGCGCCAGUGGCCGUGUACUGUGGGAGUGUCCCCCGAACCAGUGCUGGGCCCCGUGCACUCUUGGGUGGAACCAGCAACUGCAGCCUGAACACUUCUGGAGAAGCCUCCCUCCAGCCAACGCCAAGCACUCCGCUGGAGAAGCCAUCGCAACCCUUGAGUGGAAAUGGCAACCUUGGCAGCCUCAAGCUGGAUGCUCCCCUGAAGGGCUGGCCAGUCAGGAAUGGCCACCCCAGGAACCUUGGGGCUCUGUCUCAAGGCCCCUACCCCCUGGUGCCACUCCCCUUGCUGGAGUCAGAAGCCAACAGUGUGGCCCGGGACACCACCCAGAUCAAGGACAAGCUCAAGAAAAGGAGGCUCUCGGAGGGCUUGGCAAGAUCUUCCCGAGCCUCUCUGGAGCCCGGGGGAGGCCCCAGAGGAGUGCCCCUGAGGACUGCCAUCCCCCGGGCCACCUCUCAGAGGCUGCUGAGGUUGCCCAGGCCGAUGCCUCCCAUCCAGAGCAUACCCACCACCCCGGAGGCCAGCGGAGCCAAGGAGAAGAGCCUGGACCCACCCAGGAGCUGUCAGGGUCCCCAGGAGCUAAAACCCGGUGCCCAGGAGGUGCAGAUAUCCCAGCAAUACCUGCACUGCAACGACGAGAAGAUGCACAAGUCUCUGGGGGGCAUCGUAACCCCGCCCAUCCCAAAGGCUGGGGUGUCCGCCAGGACCUCCUCCUGCACGCCUGGCUCCCUUCCCAGCCUCUUGACUCCAGGCCAGGACGUCCUCACCAGCCUGAGGGCACCCCCUACACGAUUGAUUCGGGAGAGGAGUGGGCCUCGGGAGAAGACCCCCAAAUCUCUAGAGCCAAAACCUUUGGUCACACCUGUCAGAGACAGGCCUGCUGCCCCUGAGAGGCCUGCCCUGCCUUCAUCUCAGUGUGCUCCUACGCUGACAGCCUUCUCCUUCAGCCAUGCCAAAGAAGCCCACCCCUUACUAAAAGAAGAAGACCAGAAGGAGAGUAGCACUAAGACCCAGGUCACCAUCUCCAAGUCUGCCCAGGAGAAGAUGCGGCUGAAGCAGAUGAAGGAGAUGGAGUUGUUCUGGAUGGAGAAGGACCCAGAGAAGGAGAGGGAGCUGGCUUCCCAGAGCCUGGGCUCCCGGAGAACCUCAAUGAAGGAAGGCCUCCUUCCCCUCCGGGGCAGCAGGACCCUGUCUGUGCCCACCGGGCUGAGCAGCCCAUGCAGAAACAACAUGGGCGUCAUCCUGAGGAAACGGGCCAACCGGGCCUCCCUGCCCAGCAUCCCUGUCAGCAAACAGGAGCCCAGCUUUGCCCGCCACGCUUCAGCUCACUCCUUACCUGCGGUGCUUACUUUGGGGUCUCCUGAGUGGGAGGAAGAGGAGGAGGAGACAGAUCUUCGGGCUUUCAAGGAGUUGAGGCCUUUCUCAAACCCAGAGUUGGGGCUGGUGGAUGCCCUCCAGUGCUUGGACAGCAGCGACUGGCAGAUGAAGGAGAAAGGCCUGUUGAGUGUCCAGCGCCUGGCGGCUUGUCACGCAGAGGUCCUCGCUGGGAGGCUGCACGAUGUGUCCUUGGCUGUGACUGGAGAGGUCACCAACCUCCGCUCCAAGGUAUCCCGCUUGGCCAUCAGCACCCUGGGAGACCUCUUCCGGGCCUUGAAGAAGAAUAUGGACCAGGAGGCUGAGGAGAUCACCCGCUGCCUGCUCCAGAAGAUGGGGAACACCAGCGAGUUCAUCCAGAGAGCAGCCAACCAGUCCCUGGGGGCCAUGGUGGAGCACGUGACCCCGGCCCGCUCCCUGGUGGCCCUCACCUCAGUGGGCAUCUACCACCGAAAUCCCUUGGUCCGGAAAUGCACUGCCGAGCACCUCUCUGUCGUCCUGGAGCAGAUAGGCGCCGAGAAGAUUCUCUCAGGCACUAGAGACAGCACAGACGUGCUGGUGCACAACCUGGUGAGGCUGGCCCAGGACUCCAACCCGGACACCAGGUUUUAUGGCCGGAAGAUGGUGAAUAUCUUGAUGUCAAACACAAAGUUUGAUGCGUUUCUGAAGCAGUCCCUCCCAUCCCACGACUUGCGGAAGGUCAUGACGGCUAUUAAACAGCGGGGAAUAGAAGAUGGUGGUGAGCUUCCAUCUGCCAAAGGUCGCAAGGUGUCGAGGAGCCUGGUGGUGUGUGAGAGCGGGCUGCCCAGCGAGGCCGGGCUCAGCUCCAAUGGCCCACGGCUGACAGGGCUGCGCUCCUCCAUGCGGGGGGGCUUGGAGAUGGUGGGGCAGCUGCGGGACCUGACGCGGCUGCUGGAGGCCAAGGACUACCAGUCUCGGAUGGAAGGCGUGGGGCAGCUCCUUGAGCACUGUAAGGCCAAGCCUGAGCUCAUCACCACCAACCUGGUCCAGGUCUUCGCUGCUUUCACCCCAAGGCUUCAGGAUUCUAACAAGAAAGUAAACCAGUUGGCGCUAGAGUCCCUUGCCAAGAUGGUCCCCCUGCUGAGAGACAGCUUACACCCCAUGCUGCUCUCCAUCAUCAUCGCUGUUGCAGACAACCUCAACUCCAAGAACUCGGUGGUUUAUGCCGCCGCUGUGAUGGUGCUGGAUGCAAUGAUUGAGAGUCUGGACAAACUUGGCCUCCUGCAAGCGUUUGCUGGGCGGGUGCGUUUCCUGAGAGGCCGCGCGGUGCUUGAUGUCACAGAACGUCUGUCUGUGUUGGUGGCCUCAGUGUACCCCCGAAAGCCGCAGGCGGUGGAGCGGCAUGUCCUCCCGGUCCUCUGGUACUUCCUUAACAACAUGACUGGGAACGGCGUCCUGCUGGGGCACGGCGGGAACGUGCGUGUGGUGGUGUGCCGGCUGUCCAGGAGCCUUCAGGAACAGAUGGGCUCCCGGCUGCAGGACCUGGCCGCCGGCCAGCCAAAGCAAGUCCUCAAAAUGCUCCAAGAACUCUUAGAUGCAGAAUCCCCGUGAGGCAGCCCCAAGGUCACUGACAGUGGAAAGGCACCAGACAGCAGGACAACUGGCAGCUCACACCCCUUUCAGCUGGAUUAAAGAUGGAUCUGAAAUGGGCAAUCAUUAUUUUUAUCUUAUUUUAUUUUUAUGAUGGAACAAUCUCCUGGUCUACUUUCCCUUAGUGUUCCAAAUGUACAUAGUAUAUUUUGAAGUAGAAAUAAAAGAAUUACUUAUUUUUUUAAGGUUUUA